CCACAGACCUGCCUCUCUUGUAAAAUGUUGGUUCUUCAGUAGGUUAUCUCACGCCAAGAAGCUAAGGUAUGUCAUUAUAAGUGAUAUAGUGGCAAGUUUGUUUAUUUAAAGAUGUAAACCGUGAAAAGAAUGGCUCCUGUGUUGAAUGAUGGGACCUCUUGCCUUUGUAAGCUGUUCCGUAUGCGGUCGUGAGUAUGGAUCACAGUCAAUUAAAUUUCACGAACCUAAGUGUCUAGAGAAGUGGAAGUCUGUAACCAUGACUGGUCCGUCUAGCCCACAGAAAACACGUCUUCAUUCUAGUAUUCCUAGCAUAGAGACGACCAUCAGGUGGCGAUGUGACACAUGUAAGGUUAUCCUUCCCUUGAAUGUCAAGGCUAAUCAUUUGGCCGCCUGUAUUAAGAACUUAAAAAGUUAUUCAACAAAUUUGGUGGAACGACCCCGCACACGGACGUUGGAGAGACCUACAGUGUUGGUUACUAACACCACAAGAAAUCCGCGUCCUAAAACAGAAACGUUACCUAGACCAACUCUUAACAUUCAACUUCCUAUUGUCGACAUUAGUAACAUCAACUCACAGGAGUCCAGAGAAUAUGCUACGAAAACUGCCACUGUACAUCGGAGAACGAAAAACCCCGGGGUUCGUCCAAACGGACGUACUGGGCGAAGCAAAAAGUCUAAACUUCCCAUUGGAUAUUAUCAUAUUGGAAGCAGAAAACCACAAGGUCAAUCCAGAGCAGGUCUAGGGGCUAGUAGAGUGAAGCACCAUCAUUAUUCUGUGUUUACAAGAACUGGCCAUCAUUCUUAUGUUCCCAUGCCCUGUCGAACUUGCCACAGAAACAUAGCACCGGAGAAACUGCACAGUCACGGGAGUCACUCAAAAUAUGAACUUGGAACCAUCAUCAAAAAUAAAGAUCAAAAGUUGGAAGAAAAAUUAAAAAAUAGCCUCUCUCCAAAAAGGAAUACGGACUUAAAUCAACAUAAAAGUUUCCAAAAAUUAGACUCAAAACUUACUUCGUCGAAAUAUGUAGAAAUCAAAACAGACAAAGCCAAUGAAACAAACGAACAAACUAAAAGGGAACCACAGAUUAUUUGGUCAUCUAGCUAUCCUAAAAACAACCGAAAUAUUGGAGAAGGUGCUUCGCAAGUUGUCUCUUCAUGUGACCGCAGUAAAUACAACCGAAACAGUGGAGGCGAUUCGACACCUGUCUCUUCAUGUGACCACAGUAAAAACAACCGAAACAGUGGAGGGGAUUCGACACCUGUCUCUUCUUGUGACCACAGUAAAUACAACCGAAACAGUGGAGGCGAUUCGAAACCUGUCUCUUCGUGUGACCACAGUAAAAACAACCGAAACAGUGGAGGCGAUUCGAUACCUGUCUCUUUAUGUGACCACGGUAAAUACAACAGAAACAGUGGAGGUGAUUCGACACCUGUCUCUUCGUGUGACCACAGUAAAAACAACAGAAACAGUGGAGGUGGUUCGACACCUGUUUCUUCAUCUGACGAAACAGUUCGCAAGAAAUCAUCAGUCGUUACUGAUAGAAAAACAGUAAAUAAUGUGCCUAAAAGAGAUGUCACUGACGUUACAAAAACCGAAACUUCAACUGGAAAGGCCGCCAGAGGGCUACGAACUAUUCUGUGUUACAUAUGUGGGCGUGAAUUUGGGACAAAGUCACUCCCAAUUCAUGAACCUCAGUGCGUAGAGAAAUGGAAACGGGAGAAUGACGCGUUACCGUCUGACCAAAGGCGCCCUAUACCCCAAAAACCUGACAAUUCUGAAGCUUUAACAAGGGACGAGUACAACGAAGCUUCAUGGAAGAUAUUUCAGUCGCAAUUGGCGCCAUGUCCUGACUGCGGGCGCACUUUUUUCCCAGACCGCCUUCCAAUCCACCAGAGAGCAUGCAAGGGCAAAAAUGACAACGGUGGAAGUAAAUCAGAUAGUUUCAGUGUAUCUGAAACGUCGGAUAAAGAUGCCUCGUCUUCAGUGAAAAAACUAGCACCAAGAAGAUGUCCCCUGGUGACUUGUUACAUAUGUGGCCGACAGUUUGGUACCAAAUCCAUUGUUUUGCACGAACCACAAUGUUUCCGGAAAUGGAAGUUACAGAACGACAAGCUUCCGUCCGAACAACAAAGUGCAGAGCCUGAAAAACCCGAACCUCAAAUUAAAGAGAAUGGUGCUACUAACGUAGGUGAAAUGGAAGACGCCGCCUGGAAAAGCCACCUACAACAACUGGUUCCAUGUGGACGCUGUGGUCGAACCUUUUUUCCCGAUCGCUUGACAGUGCACGAACGAAAUUGUAAAUAUUCGUCUUCUCGUAAGACCUCGUCUGCAACGCCAUCCCAUAAAAGCAACCUUUCGUCUCCGCCAAACAGUUCAUCGCUCACGCCACCUCAGAAAAUGGUGAUAGAAAAAAAACGAGGAAAUUCCUUUUUUCUUUAUUUUCCUUAGAUGCUCAAAUGUCGAUAAGACCUCAUACAAAUAGUCUGUAAAAUCACGGAUUUUUUUAAAUAUAUUAUACAUAGGUAACAACUAACUGAGUUUAUUUAAAAGAU